AUGAUCACAACCUUCAAUCAAAAAUGCGUCCUAACUUCGCAAGGAAACGGGAUCAACAUACACAUUCAAUUCGACACCGAAUGUAACGUCCCUAGCCGGACAAACAACUUCUCAGACGAACCACCAGCUACGGAAACCUCUGGCGACUAUCCCAGAAAACACCGACAACAACAAGCAAUUGUACCACACCAAACAGCUCCAAUUCAAAUAAGCUAUCGUCAGAUGAGAUGAAAUCCAAAGAUAUCGUAGUAGGCACGGAAGAUAAGGAAAACUACAUCCACGCUGGUGUCUCUGAUGUUGGUGCGUCUCUCUUGUAUUCUUAUUCACUUGCGCAUGAUGUUCACGUGUUGCAUGUAGGUAACUACAGUACUUGUAGCUACAGUAUCUCUCUCCAUGUCCAUGAUAAAUGUAUCAUACGUCAGUCAGCCAGGUCAUACGCAUACGUCAGGUGAUCAAUUCUUUGAAACAGUUAUAGCAAUUGUUUGUAUUGCAAAAUUGAUGACAGCCUAGACUGGUUGCCUCCCACAAUGGUGCCUAGGGUCUGGGUUUCCGAGACUAAUGACAGCCUAUUGCCUAAAAAGUUGUUAUUUGACAGUGAUUUGACAGUGUGAUCUGCUCUAAAUCUAAGGUGGACCUAUCAGAUUAUUCUAUUGUUCUAGCCACAGAUCCUUAACCUGGCAGGUGAUGUCUGCAAUAUGUUUCUUUCACUACAUAUUUAACAUCAAUGACAGUUUCUCAAUUUGCCUUUCCUCGAUUCCUUGCUUCGUCUCUCCUCACCUCCUCAAAACACAUUGGAGAAGGUCGGAGGGGAUGAACCUUGGGAACCUCCUCCAAUACAGUUUAGAAGAUGGGGACGAGGAAUCGAAGUAACACUGGCUGCUAUAAUAGCCCUACUCCUAGCAGUGUUGUCUAGGAUCUAUGAGUUGUUGUUUGACCUCAGGCCCUCUCUCUUCCUCUUUACCCAAGAAUGAGGCGGUGGUGGGCUGGAGGCCCGGUCAGUCCGCCGCAGGCCUGGACUGGAGGAGGUGCCAGCGUACCCUCCAAGACCUUGAGGAGGUGCUACAACAACUGGAGGUGCUCUUCUCCCUCUCCCUGGUCCCCCGCGUGCUCCUCCUGCUUGGGGGCUCCCUCCUCCUUCCCAAGGAGCUGUACGAAGUCAACAUGGAGGACGUGAUACUAGCCGCCGGCGACCUGAGCCUCCGCGUCUCCUUGCGGUUCCGGCCCAAGCUGGAUUUCAAGGUCCCCACACGGGUGAAGAGCCAGGUUAUUUCUCUGUCUUGUGAGGAGGGCAGACUGACUGGCAGGACUAUGUAUGGUUUCAGGCCCCCAUGGCUAUCAAAGGCUUCAGUAAAUGACAUACAAGGGACAAGGAAGGUACGCUCAUCCACAGCCAUAGUAUGAGAUGAGACAGGGUCCUGUAUUCAGAGUCUGAAAGUAAGAGUGCUGAUCUAGGAUCCGGUCGCCCCGUCUAUAUAAUCCUACUCGUACUGAUCUAAAGGCAAAACUGGGCCCGUCUUUAUUGACAUUUACAUUUAAGUCAUUUAGCAGACGCUCUUUUCCAGAGCGACUUACACAUUUAUGAAGUGUCUCAGAGUAGGAGAGCUGAUCUAGGUUCAGUUUGACCUUUUGGAUCACAACAUUAUAUGGAUAGAGGGCACCUGAUCCUAGAUCAGCACUCUGAGAUCAUAUGAGAAAAUGGACCUGUUUAAACGCAGCCCAAGUGUUGACCGAGUGGAUUGACACAUUUGCCCAGGGGCGGUGUGUUCAUUAGGGCGAUAUGGGCGAUAUGGGCGACGCACUGCCAAACGGGAAAAGGAAGGGAUUUUUUUUCUAAUCAAUUAUAUCACGGCAACAGUAGUUUUCAGUGUUCUAAUCUAGACGUCUGAUCUGCCACUAAAUGUCCAAUCAGGCUAAAGUCGUGCUUCAAAUGGCCCCGCCCGUUUUGGGGCGAUUUCAGUCAGGUUGAAAAUCGCCCCAGAAGUCUCUCAGACUCUCAUGUAAAAUCUUUUUUUUUUCAAAUAUCAGAGCUUUCAAUACAAUCUCUAUGGGUUCCGGGAGGGCUUGCACGUACGCGCUUUCGUCAUACGUAACAUAACCAUGAACAUAACUAAGAAAAGAGCGGGUAGCAGCGUCAAUCAAUUCACGUACUACUGUCAAGAUUGCUAGCGUUCAGUGCAACUCGAUUGUCUCUUUGAAAUAAGUUCAUUUUUGUCUGCGAACAAAUCAAGAUAAAUUGGCAACGAAACAAUUAGGACCUCCCAGACCAAAUUUAAUAAUUCAACAGCUUUCUACUAAAGGGGGAAAGUCCUACACCCGAGGAUUUUCCAAAAAUUGGUACGAACGAAAAACCUGGCUAGCAGGCUGCGAUGUAGCUAAUGCAGUCUUCUGCUACCCCUGCUUACUCUUUCACCCUGAAGGCGGCACGACAGACAGCACCGCUUGGACAGCGACUGGUGUAACCGACAUGCACCAUCUUUCAGAAAAGAUUAAGAAACAUGAGCUGUCAAAGACCCACAUGGAUAGCUGUUUGAGAUUGUCUGCUUUGGGGAGAGUGAACAUUGCCACUCAACUGGAUGAGGGAUACAGGCUAGCUGUCCGCCGCCACAACGAUGAGGUUAGCAAGAACCGCCACAUCCUCAGCCGGCUAAUCCAUUGUGUGAAGUUUUGCGGCGUGUUUGAGUUAGCUUUGCGAGGCAAAGAUGAAACUGAGGGCUCCACCAACCCUGGUAUUUUUCUUGGACUUGUCAACUUUGUGGCACAAUUAGAUGAGGUGUUUGAUGACCAUCUUAAAAAUGCUAAAGUUUUCAAGGGCACAUCAAAGACCAUUCAAAACGAGCUACUGGAGUGUAUGCUAGCGGUCAUGAGGGAACAUAUUGUGGAGGAGGUGAAGUCGGCGAACUUCGUAGCUAUCCAAGCUGACGAGACCACGGACGUUUCUACACAGACACAGCUGGUGCUUGUGCUGAGGUACAUAGAUAGCAAGAAGAUUUUAUUUUUUUCCUGGGGCUUUUUCACAAAAUCAUGCCCCACGUCGACAUUCUGUACCAGAAGCUACAGAAGAAGGACAUCGAUGCUGUCUUCAUCAAACGUGCCCUCGACAGCUUCACAAGCAGUGUGCAGGCCAUAAGGUAAGAUUAAACAAUAUCAUUCGAUCUUUCUCAAAGCAGAGCUUUAUUUGAAAAUGUAUGCAUGAAAGGAGACAUCAUCAUAUUUACAAAUCUAUACAAUUGGCCAGAAUAUGGUUGUUCAUUUUUACAAAGCCAUACAGAUAGCUGUGUUUACCUUUUCUAGAAAUUAUUUUCAAAUUCUGUUUUCAGGCAAAAUGUCUAUCACUGUUCAUUUUCACAAAUCUAUACAAGAGGGCAGAAUAUGGAAGUCUAUAAAAAUGUCUUAUUACCAAUAACUUGCAUCAAUGUUUUCAGUAGCCUCUAUCAAAAGCUCCUGCUUGCUUGUUGUGAAUUAUGCUCAGGUGCACAUAUUUCCAAUUCAACCAUGAGGCCUUUUUGAAGCAAGUAAUGUGUAUAUCAGUAUUGACUUAUAUGCUGCCCCUGUCUUCAUGUUGUUGCUGGACAUAUCUUUUUUUAAAUGUGUGUAGGUCACCUAAAUCAUCAGAAAAAUUGCCCCCCCUGAGAAUGUUUUCAGGAGCCGCCACUGCAUUUGCCAUACAUCUCUCUCUCAGGGACCCCUGUCUCUCUGGCUGCGUUUACACGGGCAGUCCAGUUCUGAUAUUUUAUUCACUAAUUGGUCUUUUGACCAUCUCAGAUCAGGUCUGAAAAAGAUAUUGUGAAAAGAUCUGAUGUGAUAGGAAAUACCAAUUAGUGGAAAAAAUAUAUGAAUUGUGCUGCCUGUGUAAACGCAGCCUAUGUAACCCUGAGCCCAGUCCAGGGACUGUGUUUUUAUAACAAUUCAUAUGAAUGACUGGUGUGAUCUGUACAGAAUGAUUUUAAUUAAUUAUAUUUUGUCUUAGCUAUGUAUUUACUUUUAGCUUGGAUACAUGCUGUAAUGAAGCAGUGUUGGUGCUCUCACUGUGUAUAAUAUAGCCUACUAAAUGAUUUUAUGCACAGUAUGCCUACUUGUCAUCUGGUUGAGACGCAAUACUGGCUUUACCUGUACUGUUCGUUGUCGUGUCUUGGUUUUCAAUUGCUUAAAAAUGGAUGUCUGAAACAAUAUUUUGUAAAUAUAGAGUACUGUAUGUCAGUUUUAGCUGGAUCACUAAAUUAUUUCAGGUUUAUUUGAAUUGUACACAUUUGCAGCUAAAAGCUGAAUUGUAGUAUACAGCCUAGGACUAGGCUUAAGCUGUGUCUGGGUUAUUCCGGGAAACCAGCCCCACCAAUAUUAGACACUACAAAAGACUUCAGACUUAACAAACAAGCCAGACAUUACAGUCUCCACAAUAGACAUGAUUACAGCAGUAGUGCAUUAUUGCAACAAGGACAAGAGAAGGAAAGAGCUGAAACAUCUAUGAUUGAUGCUGCUUCCACACAGUUCUUGUGCAAUAUGGAAGACAUUUGUAACCUGAAUCUAUUAGUGCUGAUCAUUCAGCUGUCUUAUUACGGUACUGGUUAAUUAUGUUUUGACUGAUAGUAUACAUUAUCAUUUAUGUUUAUUUUUUAUUUAUCUAGGCAAGUCAGUUAAGAACAAAUUCUUAUUUACAAUGACGGCCUACCCCGGUCAAAUGACUAAACUUGAUCACAUUACAUUGAUCUUAAAUGAUAAUAGCAUCGUUUGAUAGAGUAUUUAAAAUAUUGACUUGAUAAGACAGUUGUUUGUGAUUUUGAGCUUUGAUUACAGUAUAAAAUGGUUUUAGAGAAACUUGGACUAUAGUUAGUAGUUAGUGUUAUCACAGAGGUGCACAACUAACUAAGUCCCUGAAGUUCUGCUGGUUCUCUUCCUGGCACUUGGCUGGAGAGUGCAGUGCUCAUACCUGGGUUAUGUUCAUUACAUACCAAAUCCACGUCCCACACCUUCUCCUGACGGUCCCAAACGCUUCCUUCUCCUUUUCUUUGGGCCUAACCCUUCAUUUCUGCAAAUCUUUAUUAAGGUGUCAGCAAAUAUGGUGGGCACUUCACCACUGCACUUCUAAUACACUGCUCAAAAAAAUAAAGGGAACACUAAAAUAACACAUCCUAUAUCUGAAUGAAUGAAAUAAUCUUAUUAAAUACUUUUUUCUUUACAUAGUUGAAUGUGCUGACAACAAAAUCACACAAAAAAUUAUCAAUGGAAAUCAAAUUUAUCAACCCAUGGAGGUCUGGAUUUGGAGUCACCCUCAAAAUUAAAGUGGAAAACCACACUACAGGCUGAUUCAACUUUGAUGUAAUGUCCAUAAAACAAGUCAAAAUGAGGCUCAGUAGUGUGUGUGGCCUCCACGUGCCUGUAUGACCUCCCUACAACGCCUGGGCAUGCUCCUGAUGAGGUGGCGGAUGGUCUCCUGAGGGAUCUCCUCCCAGACCUGGACUAAAGCAUCCGCCAACUCCUGGACAGUCUGUGGUGCAACGUGGCGUUGGUGGAUGGAGCGAGACAUGAUGUCCCAGCUCAAUUGGAUUCAGGUCUGGGGAACGGGCGGGCCAGUCCAUAGCAUCAAUGCCUUCCUCUUUCAGGAACUGCUGACACACUCCAGCCACAUGAGGUCUAGCAUUGUCUUGCAUUAGGAGGAACCCAGGGCCAACCGCACCAGCAUAUGGUCUCACAAGGGGUCUGAGGAUCUCAUCUCGGUACCUAAUGGCAGUCAGGCUACCUCUGGCGAGCACAUGGAGGGCUGUGCGGCCCCCCAAAGAAAUGCCACCCCACACCAUGACUGACCCACCGCCAAACCGGUCAUGCUGGAGGAUGUUGCAGGCAGCAGAACGUUCUCCAUGGCUUCUCCAUACUCUGUCACAUCUGUCACAUGUGCUCAGUGUGAACCUGCUUUAAUCUGUGAAGAGCACAGGGCGCCAGUGGCGAAUUUGCCAAUCUUGGUGUUCUCUGGCAAAUGCCAAACGUCCUGCACGGAGUUGGGCUGUAAGCACAACCCCCACCUGUGGACGUCGGGCCCUCAUACCACCCUCAUGGAGUCUGUUUCUGACCGUUUGAGCAGACACAUGCACAUUUGUGGCCUGCUGGAGGUCAUUUUGCAGGGCUCUGGCAGUGCUCCUCCUUGCACAAAGGUGGAGGUAGCAGUCCUGCUGCUGGGUUGUUGCCCUCCUACGGCCUCCUCCACGUCUCCUGAUGUACUGGCCUGUCUCCUGGUAGCGCCUCCAUGCUCUGGACACUACGCUGACAGAAACAGCAAACCUUCUUGCCACAGCUCGCAUUGAUGUGCCAUCCUGGAUGAGCUGCACUACCUGAGCCACUUGUGUGGGUUGUAGACUCCGUCUCAUGCUACCACUAGAGUGAAAGCACCGCCAGCAUUCAAAAGUGACCAAAACAUCAGCCAGGAAGCAUAGGAACUGAGAAGUGGUCUGUGGUCACCACCUGCAAAACCAGUCCUUUAUUGGGGGUGUCUUGCUAAUUGCCUAUAAUUUCCACCUGUUGUCUAUUCCAUUUGCACAACCGCAUGUGAAAUGUAUUGUCAAUCAGUGUUGCUUCCUAAGUGGACAGUUUGAUUUCACAGAAGUGUGAUUGACUUGGAGUUACAUUGUGUUGUUUAAGUGUUCCCUUUAUUUUUUUGAGCAGUGUAGCUAUCCAGAACCUACAGAACAUAGAGGGGUAGGGAGCAAUUUGGGAUUGGCUGCUGUUGCAUCAUCAGCCCUACCACUUCUCCAUCUUCCUAACAAACUGCAGCAGGUUGUUGGCCAGGAGCUGUGGCUCUUCGAAUGCAGCGAAGUGGCCUCCUCGGGGGAAGUAGGAGUAGAUGUUCCUGAACCUGGCCCACGGCUGGGGCACAAUGUUAUCUCAUUGAGGAACGCCGCCAGGCCUGUAAGCACAUAUUGUACACCUUCCUGAGGACACAAGAGAGGUGAACAAACACUGCCGCACAUUUACAUUUUAUUCAUAGCAGACUCUCAUUUAGCAGACGCUCUUUCCCAGGGUGACUUAGAAUCAGGGCAUUCAACUAAAGUAGGUCAAACAACCACUUCCAGCCCCUCAUUAGGAGCCUGUUAUCAUAACCCAAAGCAAACAUGAUUAGGGCUCUGUAAUUCAGUUGGUCAUGGGUUCAAGUCCUGCAAGGAUCACAUACAACAACUACAAAUGUACUGUAAAUCACUUAUGGCAUAUUCUUUUUAUUAAAAUAGGUAUUAAAUGACAGGCCCUUUAGGGAGAAAGCCAACAGCCUCAUGUCAUACUGGAGCACUGUGCCUCCACACAAACACUCACUCGUUAUCCAGUCUGUUCUCGAUGUUGGUCUUGAGGUUCUCUUUGUAGAACCUCAUGGAGGAGACGAUGGAACCCGUGGUCCAGUAG